CGUGCUGGGCCAUCAAGAGAAGAGCCUCACUAGAGCCACACGACCGGAGUCGGGUGGCUUUGUCGCCGGUGGAGCACCCUGGGACUUGUAGUGCCGGAGAUGGAACCCGCUACGCCGCUAGCCCUGCCUCUGGAUCCGGCUGAAGUGUUUGAGGCCCUGCAGCAACUGCACAUGACUGUCUUUUCCCAGAGCGUCUCACCCUGUGGGAAGUUCCUGGCAGCUGGCAACAAUUAUGGGCAGAUUGCCAUCUUCAGUUUGUCUGCUGCCUUGAGUUCAGAGGCCAAAGAAGAAAGCAAGAAACCCAUGGUGACCUUCCAUGCCCAUGAUGGGCCUGUCUACAGCAUGGUCUCCACAGAUCGUCAUCUGCUCAGUGCUGGGGACGGAGAGGUGAAGGGCUGGCUUUGGGCAGAAAUCCUCAAGAAGGGCUGUAAGGAACUGUGGCGUCGUCAGCCUCCAUACAGGACCAGCCUGGAAGUACCUGAGAUAAAUGCCUUGCUGCUCAUCCCCAAGGAGAAUUCCCUAAUUCUAGCAGGGGGAGAUUGUCAGCUGCACUCAAUGGACUUGGAAACUGGGACCUUCACAAGGGCCCUCCGGGGCCACACAGAUUAUAUCCAUUGCCUGGCACUUCGGGAACGAAGCCCUGAGGUGCUAUCUGGUGGGGAGGAUGGAGCUGUGCGGCUUUGGGAUCUCCGCACAGCCAAAGAGGUCCAAACCAUUGAAGUCUAUAAGCAUGAGGAGUGCUCAAGGCCCCACAAUGGGCGUUGGAUUGGAUGCUUGGCCACUGACUCAGACUGGAUGGUCUGUGGAGGGGGCCCAGCCCUCACUCUCUGGCACCUCCGAUCUUCCACGCCCACCACUGUCUUCCCCAUUCGGGCACCACAGAAGCACGUCACCUUCUACCAGGACUUGAUCCUGUCAGCUGGCCAGGGGUGCUAUGUCAACCACUGGCAAUUGAGUGGGGAGCUCAAGGCUCAGGUACCUGGCUCUUCCCCAGGGCUGCUCAGCCUCAGCCUCAACCAGCAGCCAGCAGCCCCAGAGUGCAAGGUCCUGACUGCUGCAGGCAACAGCUGUCGAGUGGAUGUCUUCACCAACCUGGGGUACAGAGCCUUCUCUCUGUCCUUCUGACAUUGAUGACCUUCCAUCUUAGGGGUUAGAAGUGGGUUUUUCCUUUGUUUUUAAUAUGAGUCACAGUCUCACACUAGCUCAGGCUGGCCUGGAGCUCACUGUGUGGCCCAGCUUGGCCUCUUUGAGACUCUAGAAUGCUGGGAUUACAAAUUUUGAGCCACCACACUCACUUAAAAAAUUUUUUUUUCCCAAAGUAUAGUUUAAGGCUUUUUCUGUUUGCACUUCCUCCCUAAGAAUGAAGAACAAAUAAGUGUAGUGAUUUAUA